CCAAGAUCGAUCGGCGACAGAUUGAGGGACUCAUAGUUCAUUCUAGUUGUAUAAUCCAUGAAAGAGGUUCUUGAGUAGCCAUGUCGGACCAAUCGAUCGCGUUGGGCCGCGAAGUGGAGCGCUUGAUAACAGCCCCAUAUGCACCCUCUCUCCAGGAUCUCUAUGGCAUUACUCAAAGUUGCUCUUUGGGCGUAAUCCAGUCCUGGGCCUCGCGCAAACCGUGUCAGAUCGGGGCUCUGGCUGACGUCGUCGUCGACGGUCUGUCCCGGUCGAACUUUGCGGUGCGCCUACUUGGGGCUUUCGCGCGUGUUGAGUCCUUCCGUAAUGUUUUAUUGGAGCGUCAUCCCCAAUUAUUAGACCUAUUUCUGCAAAAGGCCAUUGAAGAUGGAGAAUUCCAGGUUGGUCAUCUCAAGUCUCCUCCGCUUUCUUGACGCCAUGGAAGCGGCAUGGACAAAACUAAGUUAUUGUUCCC